AUUCGUAUGGGUAAAUGUCAGAGUUGGAUAUUUGCAUAGGUGUGCAAAGUUGUAAUUGGAUAGUGUAACAAUACAAUUAUAUGAUGUUCUGAAGCCAUCUUGAUGGUGCUUGGUAGUCACAUUCAAACCAUCUAGCUAAACUUCUCAGUGUGUAAAUAUUUUCUUACUGACAGUUUUGAAUACCUUGCUUUAAGUUAUCUGUAUGGGUUGGUAGAACUGGAAGGUUUUUACCUGGCUUCAGGAUUAUCAGAGAUGCUCCGUAGUCUCAGCUGAGAGACUGCAAGUUAAAUUCAGGAAUGGGGAAAUCAGAAAACUGAAUUUUUAACCCUCUGCUAGAAACCUUUUGCUGAUACUUGUGCAUUGCAGGUUACUGCAAAAUGAUUACAAGAUCCUGCAAAAAUGGAGUCCAAAGCCAACAGAGUGAUGUGAUGCUAUCGUGUGACUGCAUACGUCACUAACUCUUCCAUCACUAAGGGAAAAGGAGAGAUAUUUUUGUUCAGGUGAAGUAAAAUGUGGUGGGUUAUCCAAGAGUACAAAAAGCUACCUUUCUGGCUGAAAUAUGGAAAUCAGCAUGAAGGUGGAAACAACUUUUAUCUUCCAUGACUAUCACUAAUUUUUCUAUUUACUUCUAGCUUUAAAAAAAAUACAAUGGAAAGUUUAUCCUUGCCUCUACAGCAAAGAGAAGCCUCUCUCUAGAGAGUUAUACUAAUUAACUGCACUUGUUAUAUGUUUGAAGAAGUUCUUCUUAUUCUUUUCUGCAUAUUUGUGGGAAAUACUGGAGAAGAAAAGGUUUCUCAUUGAUCAUGUUCAUUAAAGAUUGCCAUGCCUUUUUACUAUACAGAUUCAUUCUGUUCAUCCAAAGAUACAUGUGAGUGGGCGUAUUCCCUUUCUUAAAGGAUUUGUAUCUCUUCUGAACCUUGCAUAUGCAAGGCAUACCUAUUUUUGAAAUUUUAUUCAAAAUAGUUCUGUAUAUCUUAUCCAACCAUCUGAGUCAUUUGCACUCUGUUGGUCUGCCUGCUGAACCAGAUAUUUAUUUCUUGGCAUAAAAAAGUGUGGGGGUUCAAGCAAUCUGCAGUUUAAUAAAUCACUAGGGUUUUGUUUCUUUAAAGUAUUUUUAUAGUUAAUAUUUUGCCUUUCUUUAGUUGAAGCUGCAUGUUGUCAACAACCUUUGAAGUAAAAGGUACAGGUAAAAUCACCUUUUAUUCAAUAUUAAUGAAAGAUAGUAAUUUUAGAAAAGAAAUUUGGUACUGAAGGUGGAUUUUGGUAGCAAUUUAUAUGUAAUGUACUGUUACAUAAUGUUAUGAGCAAAUAUCUUGAAUGUUAACAGCUUACAAAAAAAUGUAUAUUGAUCAGCGUACAUUAAAACAACUUAUAUAAUCUGACCUGCUGUUGAAGGGAUGUUACAGCGAUAGAAGCCUGAUCAUGACUUAAAGUCAAGGAUAUUUAGCUAUGUGUAAAAUGAAAAUAACUUGGGGGUUUUCCUGAUUCUGGAUGCAUUGUGGUGAAAAUUUAUCCUUCCACUGAGCCAAGGUUCUUACAACUGGUCAGUUAUGUUUGAGGUUGGAAAUUCCUAGGGCAAGUUUUUCUCCCCUGUAACAAUAUAUCAAAUCCAUUGUAUGUUAAUUUCAUGUAAAAACCAAGUCAGACAAUAAAUCUAUCAAAAACAACUUGAAAAACUGUUUGUUCUCAAGGACUAAUGUAGUGAAGCAGCACACUUCCCAGGUAAUGAUGACUGACAUAGUGCAGCCCAAGUUUCAGGUUAUGCUUUUUGCCCUCUUCUCUGGCCAUGAUAGUUCUUAGUUCUCAGAUUAGUGCUGGAAUUACGUAAUUGUGUUCCUUCAUGUUACUGCUCUGACAAAAUUGUAAGAAUGGGUUGGGGAAGUCGAUUAAGAUGAAACAAAUGAGAAUGGACUUAGUAGAUUUUUUUGGCCUCACAGGGAGAAAUAUAGCUGAUUUUUUUAGACAUUUCUGCUGACCUUAACUACCAAAAAAGAAAUGUUACUAAGCAGAUAGCACCAAAAUUUGUUCAUAAAAGCAUUCUAGGAUUGUGGCUUUAAAGCAGUGAACUCUAAAUUUAUCAUCUCAGCAGUAGCUCAGGCUCCAAAACUUACCUGUUUGAAAAGCCCUGUGCCAGCUUUUUCAGUGUGAACUUGUGUGUUGUGAGGUUAGAGCAUAGAGAUGCUUGGUCUGAAGUGUGUUCCAGUGCUGGGCAGUGGAAGCUUGAUGUGUGUGGCAGCUGCUCUGGGGUGGUUGCUCUAGGGUGGAGCAUUCUUGUUCGGACAGUCCAUGUGGGUCUCUGUUCUCAUUUUCAUUUAGUUUGGAUAUCCCUCUUCUGCUUUGGUUUCGUCCUGUUACCAGUUGUUUUCUAUGAGCAUUUCAUUUGCUCCCGUUUCUUGCUUCAUUAAUAUAUUUGUAUUCCUGUCUGCCCUUAAUUCAAGUAAAUUAGUCAGCUGCUCUAAAGAAUUAGCAAAUGAAGAACCUGUAGUGUUUUGUAUUUCCUAGGAAAAGAAAUGCAAAGUUUAAAUUAGGGAAAAGAAUCAAAUUAAGUCAAACUGAUUAUAAGAUAAUGAGAUAUGCUUCUUUCCGCAAAGAUGGAAAGAUGGUUAAAUGUUAAUGAAUUAUUUGAACACUGCAUUAAGAUGUCUAUUUGCCAUGGUACCAGAAAACAAGUCUGUGUUAUGGAUAGUGUAUGAACUGUGAUACCUCAAACUCAGCUGUAAGGCAGGCGAAACAGCAGCUGUGUAGAAGAAGUAAGUAAUACUCUGAGGGAACUGGGGCUUGAUUCAGCCAAGUAUUAUUUAAGCUAAAUAAUUGUUGCUCAUGCAGCGAUUUCCAUAAAAUCACCAACAAAACCAGAACUCAGGCUUUCUUUGUGUGUUGCUGGAUCUUGUUGUGAAACUCUAGUUUCAGUGGCUCUUCUGUUGGAGGAAAUUAGUAUGAGAUUAGAGUCAAGACUGGUUUGGGGUUUGGAAUUCACAGUUCUCCAGGUGAAGCCAUCCUCAGCCAAGGCCAAGCUAGCUUUGCAGUCUGGGUCAUGCACUGCACUUCUUAGAUACAAGUUUUCAUUUAUUGUUAUUACCAUUUUUGACAGGGCUACCUAAUCUCUGUAAUGGAUCACAAAUUAUGGUUUGAUUCCUGCAUUACAGCACAAAAUAUUUGUUGCUUUACUUUCAGCAAUAUGAUGAUUUUGCAUAAAUGAUCUUUCUUCUCUCUCUUUACAUGCUUUUCCUAUUUUUUGUGCAAUUGUUUUAAAACCACCAUUGUUUUCCUCCAGAUGCUGGAGGUUGGUUUGGAGAGAUGUUUGGUUGGUUGGGUAAAAAGUGCAGCACUGAAUUACCAUGAGCAGAACCUCUUAAGUACAUUGGCACUCCAGAAGCAUGGAGAAAACUGUUUGCACACAAAGUAACAGCGCCCAAAUCUGAAGGCGGCACUUGUCUCUUGGCCUGAGAACUUUGCUUCAACAGAUACGCAACAACCAGCACAUCCCUCUAGCCCGGAUGGUUGGGACCGGUCAGGACCAGGACCGGUGCGGGGACCAGCGGUAACGUUGUCGGGUCGGCUCGCCGCUGUUCUCCCGCGCAGAGCUUCCUCGCAGGGGAGGGAUGGCGCGGCGGGCUCGUCGCCAGGGGGCUGGGACCGGAGCUUUCCUGCGAGGAGGGAGCGGGAGAAACCUGUCGUCGGCUCCGAGAGGUUCCUACUGCCGGAGCUCCUUCCCGUCUGCUUCCGCGGUGCCAGCGCCUCUUUCAGCUCUCUUUGGAACCUUAGAGGCUGGACUGCGACAGGCUACAGGAGGAAGCGUUGCAGUCCCUGCAGGCGCCAAACUCUCCGUGCCUGGGUUGGAAGGAAAGCCUUAGCCUCAUCGUAACGUAAAAUAAAGCGCAGGGAAGUCCACCCAGGAACCGCGGACAAAUGAAGGGACCCGGGAGUCUGGCCCACGCUUGCCAGCCUCCGCUCUGAACUCUGCGCCUGGACUCUGUGGGCCGAGCGCCUGCAGGUCCGUGCGCUGGGCUGCCUUCGGACCGCUUCAGCCGCAAGUGCGAGUGCGGGAGGAGCCAGGGCGCGGCGGAGCCCGGCGAGCCAAGGUCUUAGGAGCAGAUGAGGAUAAUAUGGGGGAUGGUUGCUCUCAGAAACUGGCUUCUGCCAAGUUCCUUCGACUGUUGCUCCUGAUACUGAUUCCAUGCAUCUGUGCCCUUAUCCUUUUGCUGGUGAUCCUGCUUACCUUUGUAGGAGUGUUAGAAAAAACGUGCUUUUAUUCAAACGGAAGUGAGGCGCUCACAGUUAAUGGUGACUUUGAAAUGUCUCAUAAUCUUUUGCCAAGUAUGGUUGAAAAUAGUUCCAUGACUGAUCCCACAGUGGAUCUCAGCACACAGCCCACUUCCUGGACCACCACGACUUUAUUCCAUGUUGACCAAAUGGACAAGAACUCAAAUAUAUUUAGAGAGUCUUUCCAGGAAGAUUCUUUUGGUGCCCCAACUCAAGCCACCGUGCUCAGUCAUCAGCCUAUCUAUGACUCUGCUUUGGCAGAGGGCUCUGAAGACAGCACCCGGCCGUUUGCCGCUGCAGAGGAGGUGACGUUGUGGUCUACAGAUACUUCUUUUAACAACACAGAGAGGAUGAACACUCUGCCAAUAUUAAGUCCUACCCAACAAUCUGUGUCACAAAAAAUGGAUCAGAAAAAAAGUGCCUGCAGAAAUAUCACCAACAGCCAGUGCCAAAUGCUGCCAUAUAACUACACCACUGUAACUUCUGUUCUUUCCAUUGUCAAAAGUAUUGAAAUGGAAAAGUUCCUGAAGUUCUUCAGUUACCUCAAUCGCCUCAACUGCUAUCAACACAUCAUGCUGUUUGGCUGUAGCCUCGCUCUUCCUGAAUGCAUCAGCGACGGUGAUGACAGUCGAGGCCUCUUGCCCUGCAGGAGAUUUUGUGAGGCAGCAAAAGAAGGCUGUGAACCAGUCCUGGGUAUGGUGAAUGCUUCUUGGCCAGACUUCUUGAAGUGCUCUCAAUUCCAAAACAAAACUGAGAAUGACACCACUACAAGGGUAUGCUUCUCACCACACCAAGAAAAAGGAAAGCAGUCACUGUGUGGAGGAAAGGAGAGUUUCUUGUGUGCCAGUGGGAUCUGCAUCCCAGGGAAACUGCAGUGUAAUGGCUACAACGACUGUGAUGAUUGGAGUGAUGAGGUCCAUUGUAACUGCAGUAAUGAUCUAUUUCGUUGUGACACGGGAAAAUGCCUCAAUUAUACCUUUGUUUGUGAUGGCUAUGAUGACUGUGGAGACCUUAGUGAUGAACAGAAUUGUGAUUGUAAUCCAGUGACACAUCACCAGUGUGGAGAGGGGAGAUGUAUAACAGCUGACUGGGUAUGUGAUGGUGACCAUGACUGUAUAGACAAAUCAGAUGAGAUCAAUUGCUCAUGUCACAGUCAGGGUUUGGUGGAGUGCAGAAAUGGGCAGUGCAUUCCUAGUGCGUUCCAGUGUGAUGGAGAUAAUGAUUGUAAAGAUGGAAGUGAUGAAGAAAACUGCAGUGAAAAUCAAACCCUCUGUCAGGAGGGAGACCAGAGGUGCUCUUCCUGCCCUGAUCCCUGUGGAGCUUAUCCCUGUGAGAUGAGAAACAGCCAGGCAAACUGCAGUCAGUGUGAACCAAUUACUCUGGAACUUUGUAUGAACUUGCCUUACAACUAUACUUACUACCCAAACUACCUGGGCCACAGGACACAGAAGGAAGCUUCUAUCAGCUGGGAGUCUUCUCUUUUCCCAGCUUUGGUUCAGACCAACUGCUACAAGUACCUGAUGUUUUUUGCCUGUACAAUCUUAGUACCAAAAUGUGACCCCCAUACAAAUCAGCGGAUCCCACCUUGCAGGACAUUAUGUGUACAGUCUAAGGAACGCUGUGAGGCUGUGCUUGGGAUAGUAGGUCUGCAGUGGCCAGAAGAUACAGACUGCACUCAGUUUCCAGAUGAGAACUCAGACAACCAAACUUGUCUAACACCAGAUGAAGAUGUAGAAGAGUGCUCACCCAGCCACUUCAAGUGCCGCUCUGGGAGGUGUGUCCUGGCAUCCAGGAGGUGUGAUGGGCAAGCUGACUGCGAGGACGACAGCGACGAGGACAGCUGUGGUUGCAGAGAAAGAGGUCUUUGGGAGUGCCCUUUGAAGAAGCUGUGCAUCAAACACACUAUGAUCUGUGAUGGUUUCCCAGACUGCCCUGACAUGAUGGAUGAAAAGAAUUGCUCAUUUUGUGAAGAGAGUGAACUCGAAUGUGCCAACCAUGAAUGUGUGCCACAGGAACUCUGGUGUGAUGGGCAGGCAGACUGUGGUGACAGCUCAGACGAAUGGGACUGUGUUACACUGUCUAAAACCACGAAUUCCUUGAUGCUCCUGACUAUUCACAGGUCAGCUGCUGAUAACCAUGUCUGUGCUGAUGAGUGGCAAGAAAACUUAAGCCAGCUGGCCUGCAACCAGAUGGGUUUAGGAGGACCAUCCAAAACAGAGAUUAUAAUAGAGAAUGAGCAAAUGCAGGACCAAAAAUGGCUGAGUCUGCACUCAGACUGGAGGAAUAAAAAUGCAUCCACUUUACACGCACUUCUAGUGAAUGGACAGACGUGUCAAAGCAGAAGCAAAGUGGCUCUCUUUUGCACUAAAGAAGACUGCGGCCGCCGCCCCGCCGCCCGCAUGAGCAAGAGGAUCCUGGGGGGCAGGACCAGCCGGCCGGGCCGCUGGCCAUGGCAGUGCUCCCUGCAGAGCGAGCCCAGCGGACACGUCUGCGGCUGUGUCCUCAUCGCCAGGAGAUGGGUCCUGACCGUAGCGCACUGCUUUGAAGGGAGAGAAAAUGCAGCUGUCUGGAAAGUAGUGCUUGGGAUUAGCAAUCUUGAUCAUCCAUCAAGUUUCAUGCAGACCCGACUAGUGAGGACCAUCAUCCUCCACCCACGCUACAACAGAGCAGUCGUAGACUAUGAUAUUAGCAUUGUGGAACUGGAUGAGGAUAUCAACGAGACAAGCUAUGUAAGACCCGUCUGCUUGCCCAGCAAGGGCCAGCUGGUUCAGCCAGACACCUACUGCUACAUCACAGGCUGGGGACACAUGGGCAACAAAAUGCCUUUCAAGCUUCAAGAAGGAGAGGUUCGCAUAAUUUCCUUAGAACAAUGCCAGUCAUAUUUUGACAUGAAAAUCAUCACCAGCAGGAUGCUGUGUGCUGGCUAUGAAUCUGGCACUGUGGACUCUUGCAUGGGUGACAGUGGAGGACCACUUGUGUGUGAGCAUACUGCAGGGCGCUGGACUUUGUUUGGCUUAACAUCUUGGGGCUCUGUCUGCUUUUCCAAGGUUUUGGGACCUGGAGUUUACAGUAACGUGUCACAUUUUAUUGAGUGGAUUGAAAGACAAAUAUACAUCCACACCUUUCUGCUAAACUAACUCCAGAUGGUAAGAACUGUGCUGACAGACAAAAGAAAAAAGGAAUCAGCCCUUUACCACUGAAAAUUUUGCAGUCCAGAAACUCUGUGAAAAGGGGUUUCAAGCUCUGUCUCUUCUUGGUGUGGAGCUAUGGAAUAUGCAUUGUAUGUUACUGUUAAAUUCUCUGCUCAUGAAUAUACUUUGUGGUAGAAUUAAUAAUCCUUUUGACUUUUCUUUUAGCUGUGUUGUGGUGCUAUUUCAAACACUGCAAAAAGCUUAAAAGAAAAGAAUCAACCACUUUCUGCCUUUCAGCUAUUAAAACUAAGCAGUAGCACAGACUAGAUAAACUUUUUAAAAUAACCUAUUUUAAUACUAUUCAGUUAGUAGCACAUGCAUUUUCACUCACUUCUUGUGAUGAGGAAGGAACUUUGUGCAUUCAUAUGGCACUGCAGGACAUACAUUCACAAGGACCACUCUCAACAGGGCCAUACUACAUGCUGGAGGGUCUGGAAGAGACUGGUGGGUUUGUACAUCCAUGUGGAACAGGACACAUCAAAGCACACGUGCAGGUCUCCAAAGAUGUGCAGCCAUAUGCUCCUGGCGUGCCUCAGCUAAUGCAUUUUGUCUCUCAGGGUGGUUAAUUUGCAUGGGCAUAACCCUGUACUGUCCUGAUUCCACAGCCUGUUUCCAGAGCCAUCUUGGGCAGCUCUUUGGGGUGAUGGAGGAACCAGCAGGCCAACAGAUCUGUAACUACCAGUGGAGACACUGAAGACCAAAACUUUAUUGUUCAGACUCUUUGGACAGCCUCUAGCAUUUAAUCUUCUGUAGCUUCCAGUGUCCUAAUGUGUCCAGGAAACACCCACGCCUCAGCAGCACUACACUGAUCAGUGCAUUUAUCCAACCUGUGCCCCACUGGCUUUCCUCCCCACUUUGUAUGUGUUCAGCAUACAAAGCAUGCACUGACCAUCUCCAGCCCUCUAAAAGCGUAAGAGGGCUGGCAAUACCACUGCAAUGGUUUCCCCUCCUAGAGUCAGCUAGUUUAGAUGUCUUGUGAGAGAUGGAAAAUGCAGAUUUAAAAUGCAAAAGAUGCACUAUGGGUAGUGUCACUGGUUAAUUUUUAUAGGUCUCUUCUUAUACUUUGCAUUUAAAGUUUAAUUUUGACUAGUGAGCUAAAACAUUUGGGAAAAAUAAAAAAGCAGAAAGAAAAUGAAUGGUAGAAGGCUUGGGAUUCCAGCUUCUGUUCAAGUGAGUACUAGAAAUAUGAGAAGUACAACAGCUUCACCAGCAAAGGCUCAAGGAACCCAGCUCAGGCGCUUGGUAGCCAGGAUGUGUAGUGCUCUGUGCAGUAGUAAGACACUAAGCCUUAACUCCAAGAGAGUCUGGUUGGAAAAUAUUAUGAUGGAGCUUGGCACCCUUUUAUGGUGCUAGAGGGAAAGUGUGUCCCAUCAACUGCUGUAGAUGAUGUCCUGCACAGCUAUCAGCUUUUAGGAGGCCAGAAUAGGACAAGUCAGGAAUCUGCGGAUUACAGGAUAAAUCCACUGGGGAACAAUGCAUUUAAAAUUUGCGUUUUCAGUGCUGUGCCUACUCCCCUGUGAAUCCAGCCCAAGGCACAUCAUAACCCUCUCUGCUACCUCUAGCAAGGCCCCAUGACAGCAUGGCAGGGCCUUGUCAAUAGCAUGACUGGCGCAUGGGGAAACAUGCAUUGCAAGACCUACCACAUGGACAUUUCAGGUACUAUUAAUCAUGUUGCAACUCGUCUACAUACAUCUAUUGCUUUCAUGAAGGUUUAUCUCUUAUCUAUCUUCUCGUUGAACACUGCUGACAUUAGAACAUUAGUCACACUAGACCACGCUGUAGCCAUAAAUAUUAAUAAAUACUCAGUAUUUAUGGUACGGAUUCUGAAACUAUUUAAGUGAUUACUGAAUCACUGUUUCAUGCUCAGUAAGAAAACUCUUUGAGGCUUUGCUAGGUUUGAUUGUUGGGUUUUUUUUUUACUUUUAGUAUCUUAAGGAUGUAACACUCACAUACUCUUCUUCCCCCAGCUUUAAAUGAGAGAAGGCAGCUGUGACCACGUUUUUCUAGAGCAAGUAGAUUACAGUUGAAGCAGGUUAUCGAUGUCCUUGCUUCAAGGAUAUGGAGGCUGGAGCUCUCAGUCCUCACUUCAGCUUUCCUCUGAGGCUGGGAUCUCUGUGGCUGUAGGGCAGAAAAGCUCUGAGUCCUGGAGCUGGUUCAAGAGUUCCCUGAGGAGAAGGUGGCCUAGUGUUGUUAGAGCCAGGUGGCUGCUGUCAGACAGGUUCUGGCCAGGUCUGUUCUCCAAAGAGGUGUUGUUGCAGAAUAAACAACACAGCCUGGCUUCUCUCCACCAGAUACAGUUGUUAGCAGCUCUGAAUUUUGUAAAGCACUGGCGUACAUAAAAUCAUUCAUGUAGAUAUUAGCAUUACCAAAUGAUAACAUGUAACUACACAUUUUACUUAACUGGAUUUGACCUACCACCAGUUUCCAAACGUCACUCCCAGGAAAUGAGGGAGAGUCCUGCUUAAACAUAAGGUCCAGCCCCAUCCUAAAUGGGAUCAGUCUGAAGAAAUUCCAGGCUGAACCCCAUCCCAAAUGGCUUUAGGAGGGAGCACUUGGGUCUUAUCCUUUCCCACGACUGUGUCUGACACAACAUUCCAUGUAAAGAGGAAAUUUGUAAUUUUAUAAAUGUAUUUUUAUACUGUUUUUUAAAUGUGUGCACAUGAAAUAGGCAAACAUGCUCCUUCUUCCACUGUAUCAAGCCUUUUCCUGUGUGCUGCCAUAAUGGCUAUGAUCACAAUUAUGCUGUUUGUCUCACAGGUGUAGCCUCAUUGUAAGGUAACAUUUGUCAAUUUUGCUCCUACCACAGCUGUAUCUCCAAAUGGAAGCAAUGCCAUUCAGUCAAGCCAAUGUGUUUCUUUCUAGUUGUACUAAUAAAAAUUUACAGUGAUUUUCCAAAUAACUUCUCUGCUAAAAAUGUGUUUUCAUCUUUUGAGAGACUGAACGAUAACAUGGAGGUAUUAAGUUAUAACUUUAGCAAUAAUGCCUAAAAGUAGCCUCCAAAAGGCAUUUUUGAAUCCUUAGCUGACUUUUUUAGCAGCCUUGUUACCACUGCAGUACUUGUGGAGAUUUUGGCACUACUACCACUGUACAACUUUUAGUUUCUUCUGUGUGUAUGCUUCCAAUACAGAAUAUUAUCAUGAAUACUGCUGCCAACAACUACUCUGCACUUUGAAAUCUGAAAAACUAAAGCUGGAAUCAAAUCUGCAAUGUGAACACAUUCUGUUCUGUAAUUUUGCUCUGGAAUGCAAUUAAUUUAAAUAAAAUAUCCCUUUUUAACUUGUACAUGGAAAUUCAACAAAAUGUACACAUGCUGAAAUCAAAAUAAUAAGCAGACAAAAGCUUAAAAACAGUUAAAAUUUACCUUUCCGCUGCAAUAAGGAAGCCACGACCAUGAGGGCAAGAGUAAAAAAGAGUAAAAACAGAAUAAAACAGGGACAAAUAAUACAAAACUCACACUGAAAUUCAGCUAUGGCAAUGUAGUUAAGACAGUCACAUUUGGAAGUUUCCCAUUAGCCUUGGCCAAGUGCCAGGGCUGGUGGGAGCAGUGGGUUCUCUGUGUUAGCUGGUCCUCAAAGCCUUGCAAAGCCUGUGGUCCUCAGCCAGUCCUCAGCCUUGUGCGGCAGCCAGUGGGGCUGUGGAAAAAACAGCUCGAGCUAAAAAUCAGCUCAAAAUGUGCCCCAGGUACAGACCAAAGCUCACUGUACUGCUAAAAUACACAGCAAAGGCUGUGGCUGACUGCCACCUGCUAAUGUUUAGCACAGGGGUGGUUGCUGUGAAAGAAAAAAAAUUAAGACAUGUACUUUCUUCUGUAAAUCAAAUAUUGCACAUCAAAAUCAGAGUUAAGACAUUCUAGAUGUAGCUACAAAAGUUUGGGGCAGUUGGAGGUGGUUGUUUUGGUUUGUUUUAAAAUUAAGUGGAAAUGCUGUGCUUCUUUUCAUGACACUUGGAAGGCACCUGUGAGAUGCUCUUGAAAAGCUUAUUUUCAAAAUGGUAAAGUCAGAUCAUGCUGUGCCUGAGUGCAGGAGUGCAGAAGCAAGCAGGUGAUUGUGAUGUUUUCAGUGCUAAAAGAAAUAAUAAAGGGAACACUGAACUGUUGAGAAGCACAGGGAGCACAAUUUGUUUCCACCUUUCAUUUGGCACUACGUUAGUUACAGCCAAUUAACAUUUUGAAGUUUUUAUUAAAGACUCACUACCCUCAUUUCCUCUUAAAGACAGCAAGUCAUCUCAGCAAAUGCCCUCAGGUAUUUCUGCUGUUUGUCCACCACAAAAACCCAAAAACAAACAAACAAAAACAAAACAAAAAACCCCCAACAAACCAACACAAACUCAACCCCAAAAUCACCACACCAAAAAAACUAACAGUCAAACAAACAAAAAAACCAC